AUGUCAUCCCUAGUAUCCGACUACAUCAUCAACCCCGUCACCCAGACCGUCGUCCGUCGCUUCUCGAGCCCUUUCACCGUGGAACCUUCGCCCGAGCCCCGUCAUCCCUUCUCACGCGGCGACUACCCAGAGGAAAAUGGCGACGCCAUUGCCGACUGCGACGGACCUUCAACUCCUUUCCCCAGCCUCGCAAGGUUCACAAGGACUCCCGACAUAGCCCUUGGUGCCAGGUCCCCACCUCUUCUCAUCCCCCAAAUGCGAAGGGGAGUCACUGCUCCCGUCACAGACGAACUGUCACGCCCAUUGACAGUCCCCUCAAUUGCUCCUCUACGACUCGAGAUGGAGCGCCAUGAGCUGUCCGACACGGAGAGCGCCGCCGAGCUAGAGGGUGCCAUUGACGCUGGCGCACAGGCCGAGAGGGAGUCCCGCAGGCUACCUGCAGACGACGGCAUGCGGGCAAUGCGACUGCGGAUUCUCAGUAUCCAGUCUAGCAAUAUCACUUUCGACCAAAAGAGAUACCUCACACAGCAGCUCCUUACCGAAAAAUAUACCAGCGUCAGGCUCGCCAAGGCAGUCGCUGAGGGGAAACCCGCAACGCCUGUCCCCGCCACUGAGCAUGCCUCAGCUUCGACCUCUCGAGAUAUCGGCUUUGGAGUUUCAGCGCUGGAGACGCUCAAGUCCUGGACUGGACUCGAGGACAGGGCCAGACUCCACGUCUCAGAUGAAGACCGCCGACCUACAUAUGUGCCCGCCACGGCCAUUCUCAAUGACGAGGAAGACAUGGAAGAUGACGCUGGGAAGGCGGAGGAUGCCGACGGCGCCGAGGCUCAAUUACUGGGCUGCUUGCACUACAGACGGAACGUCAAGCUCCAGUGUGCGGCGUGCGAGAAAUGGUACACUUGCAGGCUGUGUCAUGACGAGGUCGAGGAGCACAUCUUGCCCCGGAAGCUGACCAAACACAUGCUGUGCAUGCUGUGUGGUUACGCGCAAAAGGCAUCCGAUACCUGCGUGAACUGUGGCGAGUGCGCGGCUCAGUACUAUUGCAACAUCUGCAAAUUGUGGAGCGACGACGUCAACAAACCCAUAUAUCAUUGUGAUGACUGUGGUAUCUGUCGAGUUGGGCAUGGGCUGGACAAGGACUUCUUCCACUGCAAGACCUGCCGCGCAUGCAUAUCCAUCACACAGACUAACAACCACAAAUGCAUAGAACGUGCGACAGACGCGGACUGUCCCAUCUGCGGCGAGAACAUGUUCGCCUCGCACAAGACCGUCAUUUUCAUGGACUGUGGUCACUCGAUCCACCGCACAUGCUUCAAUGAGUACAUGGCCUCAUCCUACAAAUGCCCAAUCUGCAGCAAGAGCAUUGUGAACAUGGAGGCGCUGUUCACAAACCUGGCGAACAUCAUCCGCGAGCAGCCGAUGCCGGAAGAAUUCGAGAACGUCACGUCGAUAAUCCUCUGCAACGACUGUUCAGCAAAAUGCACCACGCAAUACCAUUUCCUGGGCUUGCGUUGCCAGAUUUGCCGCUCAUAUAACACAGUGGAACUAGAGCGGUCUGAGAUGCCCGGUGAGAGGGCUGAGAGUGAGCAAGCACCCGCGCCCGGACAUUCAGUCCCAGCGACCACAGCAACGCAGGCGCACCCUCAGCGCUCAUUACAGGACCGCACCAAUGGGUCAAGCUCUACCCCAGGACUGCACUCAAAUCCUUCGCAUGCGCACUAUAGCUUGAGCCAAGACGCCACAAGUCCGACUAGCCUACGUACGCAGGCAGUCCCGGCGCCAUACCCCACGAUUGAAGACGACGAGGACGAAGAACUCGACUUCUGGGGAGGCGAGGCCCGGAGCGGGCCCGAAAGCGAAGAGGACGACGACUACGAAGACGACACAGACGCCGAGGACUCGGAGAACGAGGAGGAGGAUGACGACAACGAGGACGAAGAUAUCAUGUUGUUCGGCCAUAGGUGA